AUGGAUGCAAGUGCAACUCCAAGAAUUUUAUUUUUGGUGGGGGAUGCCCUGAAUCACAUAAGUGUUGUUCUCUCCAAAUUUUGGUGUGUGAGUCAGGUUGGACAAGAUGACCUUGUUGCAGUUGAUGAUUGUGACCUCGAAGAGGAGAAGCCAACCACAGAGCCAUUUCUAUCUUUAGAUGAUAGGAGAUGGUUACAUCCUUCUGAAAAAUCUGGUCCUCCACUAAAGCAUGAUAUAAAGAACCAUGAUCUUCCAUUGGGUAGUAUUAGACAACCCACCCCACCUCCUAUACUGGCCCAAGUGCACAGUAAGCUACUUCAAGUAUAUCCCUACAAAGUUUCUUGGGAAAGUUCUACUUCAGAGGGUGGGCUAUCCGGUUCACGGUCGUACCAUGAUGUUCAUAUUCCAGCGAAUAUGAUGGAAGAUUUUAUGAGAUUGGCACGAAAGAAUACUGCACAAGACUUGGAAACUUGUGGUGUUCUUGCUGGCUCACUUCAGGAUAAAGUAUUUCACAUUACUUCACUCAUAAUUCCUAAGCAGGAGUCAACUUCAAACUCGUGCCAGACACUGAAUGAAGAAGAAAUCUUUUAUGUUCAAGACAGUCGUUCUCUAUUUACUCUUGGGUGGAUCCACACUCAUCCAACUCAAACAUGUUUUAUGUCUUCUGUUGAUCUGCACACUCAUUAUUCGUAUCAGGUCAUGUUACCGGAAGCAAUUGCAAUUGUCAUGGCUCCGACCGACACAUCAAGUCCACAUGGUAUAUUUCGUCUUACUGAUCCCGGUGGGGUUGCCGUUAUUCGCAACUGUGAGCAACGUGGUUUCCACCCUCACGAAGAACUCGGAGGCGGAAAUCCCAUUUACGAGCAGUGUUCCCAUGUUUACUUCAAUCAAAGUUUAAAGUUAGAUGUGGUGGAUUUGAGGUGA